CGCUCACCAGCUCCGGGGCCUUAGCUACCUGGGCCAACGUUACUCCGGGCAAACGCCGUCGCCAUCCCUUUGUGCAAGGCUCACUGCCGCGGCCUCGGACCCGCCGCCCCGAGCCCCAGCCUGAGCCCAGACGCCCGCAGGUCACCUUGACUACCGCGCCGAGGACCCCGUGGGAACCCGCGGCCGCCGCCCCGCCUCGCCGCGCUCGCUCCCGCAGAGGCGUGCCCGGAGAGAAGACCUGCACGGCCAACUCCUAAACGAAGAGCUCUUCCUCCAGACACUGCUGUCUUUGCCCGCCCGCUUCCCGCUCGCUUCCCCCCAUUCUGCAAGAGUCGAUCCUGAGAGCCCUCCCCGCCUCCCCCCGCUGGCCCAGUGAUGGCAGAGAACGACGUGGACAACGAGCUCUUGGACUACGAGGAGGAUGAGGUGGAGACAGCAGCUGGGGGAGACGGGGCUGAGGCCCCUGCUAAGAAGGACGUCAAGGGCUCCUACGUCUCCAUCCACAGCUCUGGCUUCCGGGACUUCCUGCUCAAGCCAGAGUUGCUCCGGGCCAUUGUUGAUUGUGGCUUCGAGCAUCCAUCAGAAGUCCAGCACGAGUGCAUCCCUCAGGCCAUCCUCGGAAUGGAUGUCCUGUGCCAGGCCAAGUCCGGCAUGGGGAAGACAGCGGUGUUUGUGCUGGCCACACUGCAGCAGCUGGAGCCAGUUACUGGGCAGGUGUCUGUGCUGGUGAUGUGUCACACUAGAGAGCUGGCUUUUCAGAUUAGCAAGGAGUAUGAGCGCUUCUCUAAGUACAUGCCCAAUGUCAAGGUCGCCGUGUUUUUUGGUGGUCUGUCUAUCAAGAAGGAUGAAGAGGUGCUGAAGAAGAACUGCCCGCAUAUUGUCGUGGGGACUCCUGGCCGCAUCCUAGCCCUGGCUCGGAACAAGAGCCUCAACCUCAAACACAUUAAACACUUUAUCUUGGAUGAAUGCGAUAAGAUGCUUGAACAGCUCGACAUGCGUCGGGAUGUCCAGGAAAUUUUUCGCAUGACCCCCCACGAGAAGCAGGUCAUGAUGUUCAGUGCUACCUUGAGCAAAGAGAUCCGUCCCGUCUGCCGCAAGUUCAUGCAAGAUCCUAUGGAGAUCUUCGUGGAUGAUGAGACGAAGUUGACGCUGCAUGGGUUGCAGCAGUACUACGUGAAACUGAAGGACAACGAGAAGAACCGGAAGCUCUUUGACCUUCUGGAUGUCCUUGAGUUCAACCAGGUGGUGAUCUUUGUGAAGUCUGUGCAGCGCUGCAUCGCUCUGGCCCAGCUCCUCGUGGAGCAGAACUUCCCAGCUAUUGCCAUCCACCGUGGGAUGCCCCAGGAGGAGAGGCUUUCUCGGUAUCAGCAGUUUAAAGAUUUUCAACGACGAAUUCUUGUGGCUACCAACCUGUUUGGUCGAGGUAUGGACAUUGAGCGGGUGAACAUAGCCUUUAACUAUGACAUGCCUGAGGAUUCUGACACCUACCUGCAUCGGGUGGCCAGAGCAGGCCGGUUUGGCACCAAGGGUUUGGCCAUCACCUUUGUGUCAGAUGAGAAUGAUGCCAAGAUCCUCAAUGACGUGCAGGACCGCUUUGAGGUCAACAUUAGUGAGCUGCCCGAUGAGAUCGACAUCUCCUCCUACAUUGAGCAGACGCGGUAGAGGAAUCGCCGUUCUGGAGCACGAUUGUGUCUUCUGGAGAGGAUCCCAGGCGUGGGGGUGAAGGAGACACUAUGCUGCCUGCCCCUCACAGCCCCCUCCCCCGAGGCUUCCCUCUUUUGCAUCACCACCACUCCGAAACCUCAACUCCUGAUUUGUCAGAAUUUUUUUUUUUUAACAAAACUCAAAAUGAAAGAGAAAUGUGUCUUUGUUAUCUGUAAGUGCUGCCUGCCUUUAUUGGAAUUGAAGUGAGAUUGUAGGGCACGA